AUGAGCUCCCCGACAAACCGGAAGGGCUCACUGCCCCAUCAAUUGCGCACCGCUGCCGAACCCCGCCAGAACCGACUGUACAAUGUCCGGCUGUCGCAUAUCGAACAGGCCAAUCCUUCCGUGCGACUGCUACAGCUGACCAUCCCUCCGGAGGUCCAAAAUAUCGAAGAUGAAGGCCAGGAAGUGGAUGAAUUAGCCAACCCCCAACAACCCCUAACAUUCCUCCCGGGUCAAUGGCUGGACGUCCAUAUUCCCUCCAUCCCAAACGCAGGCGGCUUCAGUAUUACCUCCACUCCAGCCGACGCACAAGUCCUCCCAUCCCUAGAAUUCCCCGCCGAGGCAAUCACCACUGAUGAAACCGACGUUCCCCCCAUCGACCCGCGCGGUCGGCCACCCUACGUAGAGUUAGCCGUGCAAUAUGCGCCCUCCAACCCAGCCAGCGUAUGGCUCUGGCGACCGGCGGAUCAGAUCCUAGGCACGGAACUUAGUAUCCGCGUCGGAGGGAGUUUUGUAUGGCCACCAUCUUCCCGCGUGGACUUGACGAAAGUUCGAAAUGUAGUCUUCGUGGCAGGCGGAGUAGGAAUCAACCCACUGAUAUCCAUGCUCUCGCAUCUUAACAAUGGCGACGAGAUAUCUCUUCCUCACCCAUCAUUCAAUAUUCGAUUUCUGUACUCAACGAAACUUCCACGGAAAGAAGAAGGAACAGUAACCGGGAAUGGCACAAGUAGUCUGCAGCAGAUCUUGUUUCUUUCACGUCUACGACAGAUCAUUGCGUCGCAGUCACAGAUUCGUCGAUUGCAGAUUAGUUUAGAUCUUUUCAUCACCGAUCCUGGUUUGGAUCGAAGUUCUCUUACUGAAUUUGCGGAAUCUGGGGAUCUGAACCUGCACACGCGGAGGAUCAAUCGGGAUGACUUACGCAAGGCGGUCAGUAGAGCUGAUGGUAGUAUAGAGGCGGAAGAGACGGUGUGUUAUGUGUGUGGUCCGCCUGGGAUGACUGAUGAUGUGGUGAGCAGCCUUGAGGGCUUUCUCGGGGACACGGAGCGCGUCUAUUAUGAAAAGUGGUGGUGA